AUGACCUUCGGCGCCCCUGGCGCUGAACAGGCCCGUGUCCACGAUCUCUCCGAGUGUCGUGCCAUCCUCGACAUCUUUGCCUCCCACGGGCACACCGAACUCGACACCGCGCGCAUGUAUGGUGCCGGAACAUCCGAGGACUACCUUCGACAACUCGGUCUCACCACCCCCUCCUCCUCCCACUCCUUCAAGAUCGCGACCAAGUCGUUCCCCAGUGCUCGCAACCCGAACUUCCCCGCCAAGGACAAGUACACCUUCUCAGCCGAAGACAUCGAUCGAGCGAUCAACGAUAGUCUCAAAACUCUGGGAACGGAAAAGUUCGAUCUGUUCUAUCUGCAUUCCCCCGAUCGAGAGGUCGAUUUGGAUAUCACGCUCGGUGCUGUCAACAACGCUUUCGAGCAAGGAAAGUUCGAGAGAUUCGGUAUCAGCAACUACCGAGCCGACGAAGUCGAAUCCAUCAUGCAGAUCGUCAACAAACACAACUGGGUCAAACCUUCCGUAUACCAGGGUCUGUACAACGCUAUCAUGCGCACCGCCGAGACCGAACUCUUCCCCACCUUGCGUCGUCACAACAUCGCCUUCUACGGAUACAACCCGCUCGGAGGCGGAUUCUUCGUCGGAAACCACUCCAACUCCGACUCGAAACCCGAACAGGGAUCUCGCUUCGAUCCCGAACGUGCCCAAGGUCAGAUGUACAGAAAGAGGUACUGGAACGAUCACUACUUCCAAGCUCUCGACCUCAUCCGUCCUGUCGCCGAGAAACACGGGCUCAGCUUGGCGGAGAUCGCGCUGAGAUGGAUGAUGCACCAUUCGCAGCUGAAAAAGCAGUACGGAGAUGCGGUGAUUAUCGGCGCUAGCUCGCAGAAACAUAUUGGACCUAACCUGGUGGACUUUGAGAAGGACGAGCUGCCGAAGGAAGUGGUGGACAAGGUGGAGGAGGCUUGGGAGAUCGUCAAGCCUAAUGCACCCGCUUAUCACCAUUGA